AUGAGACUCCAGUUUUUUGGGAAACUUAGCAUUGCCCAACAGCUAGAUGAGGGCUACAGGAUUGGCAUUAGAAGGCACAAUGAAGAGGUUACGAAAAAUAGACACAUCCUGUCUAGAAUAAUAGACUGUGUGAAAUUUUGUGGUGCGUUUGAGCUGGCUUUGCGUGGCCAUGAUGAGAGCGAGAGCUCGGAUAACCCCGGGAUCUUCCGUGGCCUGGUCGAUUUUGUUGCUUCCCUUGACGGAGUUUUAAAAGAACACCUCGACAAUGCAACUGUGUUUAAGGGAACUUCAAAGACAGUGCAGAACGAGCUGUUGGACUGUAUGUUGUCUGUUAUGAGGGAACACAUAAUUCAAGAAGCACAGAGCAGCGAAUUUCUCUCAAUCCAGGCCGACGAGACCACCGAUAUUUCCACACAGUGCCAACUUGUGCUUGUGCUAAGAGAGGCAGGAGCCUUUGCCAUGCUGCUGGAGAAUCAGGAUUUUAAUUUUUUCUUGCAACUUUUCCACAACAUCAUGCCACAUGUGGACAUCCUCUAUGCCAAACUCCAGAAGAAGGACAUUGAUUCUGUCCACAUCAGGGUGAGCAUCCAGCAAUUUCAGCAGGACAUACAGAAGAUCAGAAAUUCUCUCCAUUCCCUGGUUGACCAAUGUGGCGAAGGGGGUUUUCAACCGAAGAGGCGGCGGUCCCUCAGUCCAGAGGUCCAUGAACGGAUUGCAGCAGAAGUCUGUGAUACCAUACUGACACACACACUGGAGAGGUUCUCUUUCACAGACCACCUGGUUAGUGCCACAUUGCUGCAGGCAGACAGGUUUGAGCAGUAUGCAGUAGCAUUUCCAGAAGAUGCACUUAGCAGGACUCUGAAAGCUUAUCCAGUGCUCGAUGGAAGUAAGCUAAAGACAGAGCUUAGUCUCAUCUACUCAAAGGAUGAGUUCAGAGCCUGUUGUGGUGCUUUGGACCUACUCCAGCUGUUUAUGGAGAACAAUCUUGAGGAAGUCUUUUCAGAGACUGUAACUCUCCUGAAGAUUCUUGUAACUACACCUAUGACCACAGCAGAAGCUGAGAGGUGCUUCUCAACUUUAAAAAGAGUCAAAACUUUUCUGAGAAACAGCAUGACCCAAGAGAGGCUGAAUGCAUUGGCCAUGCUGUCAAUAGAGAAGAGACUGGUGACUGAGAUGACUGACUUUAACCAAAAGGUCAUUGAGAAAUUUGCAAGCCAGAAAGAAAGGAGAGCUAAAUUUAUUUUUAAGUAGUGCUACUGGCCAGUGAUUAGGCAACAUUGUGUGUGUGUUUAUUGAUUAUCUUGAUUACUUCAUUACUGA